AUGCCGAGCCUCCCGCGAAGCGCCGCCGCAGAUGAGCCGAGCUUCGAUGCGCUCAGAAACGGUUCGGAGGUCCGCGAACUCCAUGUGCUCCGAAACUCCAAGGAUCGACUCCUUGGAGUUUCGGAGCUUGGUGUGACCCCAGACCCCUGGAGCAGCGGCGGCACUGAGAAGAAGCACUGCAGCCGCAGCCGACCUCGCUCCCAGAAGCGGAUUGGAGCAGUGUGGGGUGUUUGGCACCAGACCGGAAGAGCCCGACGAUCUGUCAACGUCUUGUGGAAGAUGAUUGCUUUUGCGCGUGGGGCGCUCGGCUGCGGAAUGCUGGAUCAAUCUGGACCCCUCUUCUGA